AUGCACCUUAAUCAAUCUUCACAAAACUCAAACUUCUGUGCUAUCUCUAAUUACAAUAAGAUUUCCAAGCAGAAGGAUGAUUACAGUUUCAUAAGCUUCUCCAUCAACCUUCCCAGUGAUCCUUACUAUCGUUUGAUUGACAAGGACUGUCAUGAAAUUGUUGGUUCCUGCAAUGGAUUGGUCUGCUUGCUUGGUUAUUCUCUUACCGAAGAGGACAACGAUGAGCACAAGGAGAAGUGGCUCCGUAUAUGGAACCCCGCCACCAGGACAAUAUCUGAUAAAUUAGAGUAUUUUAUUUUUAGUGAUGACAAGUAUUAUUUUUGUAAGUUUCUGUUUGGUUAUGACAAUACAACUGACACUUAUAAGGUUGUGGCGUUACAUAUGAGUAAUGACUCGACAACAGAGGUGCAAAUUCUUAGUUUUGGGGAAAAUAUUUGGAGAAAUAUUGGAAGUUUUACCGGCAUGUCUCUUCAGUCCUUCUAUUUUAAGUAUGGAUGGCAUGGCGGUGUACAUUUGAAUUGCACUGUUAAUUGGUUGGCAUAUAUAUAUAUUAUGGAUGUUGAUGACUUUCGGUUGGGGAUUAUUUCGCUCGACAUGGGUACAGAGACACACACAAAUUUACUGCACCCACCAGUUUUUCUUGAAGUGAGUUUACUACAAAAAGGUGUUUGUGUGUUGAUGAACUCCCUUUGUUUUUAUCAUGAUUUGAAGGGAACCUAUUUAGUUAUAUGGAAGAUGACAAAAUUUGGUGACGAAAAGUCUUGGACUCAAUUCUUUAAAUUUAGAUAUCAAAUUCUUCAGAUAAACUUUAGAUGUGGUAAUCUUUUUGAGUAUGGUGAUACACUGGUUUUCACAGAGUACCUAGAAGACCAAGCAAUUCUCUAUAAUUGGAGAAAUAAUAGAGUAGUGAAACAAAAAAGUGUCGACGAAAAGAUACAUUGGUUCUCUGUAAUGAAUUAUGUUGAAAGCUUGGUUUCAACUUGUUGA